UUGGAAGAGACCAUUUUUCAUGGGCCAUCUGUAAGUGCACUGAUCUGUGGCGCUAUCAGAGGUUACCAGGAUGGUUCUAGUGCAUGUUGGAUAUCUGGUUCUUCCUGUGUUUGGCUCUGUAAGAAAUAGAGGGGCGCAUUUCAGCAGGCAGCAGCACAGCCACCCUACCUCCUGCCGGCACUUCCACCUAGGCCCGCAAGCCCCGAUGUCCACCGAGUUCUCCCUGCCCCACCUGGCCCAGUCCCAGCCAGGCAUGACCCACCACCUGCCCCCCGCUCACCAGCACGCCACGCAGCUCCACCAGCCCCUCGCGUCCCUGCCAGCUCCGCAGUACCAGGACGUCCCAGGACCCCCCUUCCUACCUCAGGCUUUACACCAGCAAUACCUCAUCCAGCAGCAGCUCCUGGAGGCCCAGCAUCGCAGGAUCCUCCCGCACCCAAGACGCACCCAAGAGCGAAUCCCCCUCCAUCCGCACCGGCUGCGCUCUGGCUACGACUACAUCCCCUCGCUGCACCUCCCUCAACCAAUUGCGCAACAGCCCCGCUACCUGGCGGAAGGCACUGACUGGGAUCUAAGUGUGGAUGCAGGCCUGCCUCACCAUCAGUAUCACCUCCGACAGCUCCCACAGCACUAUCAGCAUUACCUGGCAUCUCCCAGGAUGCACCAUUUCCCGAGGACCACAUCACCAGCACAAGUUGUUGUCCAUGAAAUCAGAAACUACCCAUACCCUCAGCUGCACCUCCUGGCCCUGCAAGGUCUCAAUCCGUCACGUCACGCGUCCGCCGUACGGGAGAGCUAUGAGGAGCUGCUGCAGCUGGAGGACAGGCUUGGAAGUGUGAAUCGAGGGGCUGUACAAACUACUAUAGAGAGGUUCACUUUCCCUCACAAAUACAAGAAGAGAAAACCCUUGGAAUUGAAAAUAGCUAUGGACGAAGAGGAGUCGGACGUGGAUGAGAAAUGCACAAUUUGUCUGUCAAUGCUAGAAGAUGGAGAGGAUGUCAGGAGGCUGCCGUGCAUGCACCUCUUCCAUCAGGCCUGUGUGGACCAAUGGCUGGCCACCAGCAGGAAGUGCCCCAUAUGCCGGGUGGACAUUGAGACCCAGCUGACGCCUGACAGCUGAUGCCUCCAGCAGUCUGGAAAUCGGUCCCUGUCGUUCCUUCCCGUCCCUUGGGGUCCUUCGCCAAAUGCCUCCUGUCCUCGCCGCUUCUGACCCCGCCUCCCAGGCCGUCCGAAGACAACUGGAGAGGAAGUGAAAGACAAAAAAAAAAAAAAGCACAAAGAGGAGACAGAAAAAAAGAAAAGUGUUUUUGACGGAUGGAGAGUGGACGGAUUCUGGGUCGUUGUUGAAAUGGAUGGGGGUGGGAGGUGGUCUCAUGGGGGCUGGUUUCCCCCCGGAUGGAGUGAGUAGCACGCUCUUGUAUAUGUUUCACAGAGUCAUUUAAUGGUGAGGGUCAUUAAUGAGUA